ACGCGUCACAUCUUGACAUUUGUGCAAUACUUGAUCCAAGCAUCAUCUCGAGAAGAGCAACAGUUAUGCCCUCAGAUCAUUGUAUCAUUGACUGACAAGAUCCAAUAAUAGAUUUCGUCACGCGUUUAUGCGCGUACGUAUGGUGUAUGGCUUGCUCUAUGGUAUGGCAUCGUGGGACAUUGCUCUUUGCUUUCUCCUCGCCGCCUUCCUUUACUCGAGUUUCGGUCAAGCGAUGCCAAAGUCUGAGAUCCAGCCAGAAUUUCUAGCACUUCUGGAGAAUCAUACGGUCAUUCAAGGUCGUGACGUCUCCUUCACCUGCGUCGUUAAUCAUCUUCAAUCUUACAAGGUCGCCUGGAUGAAGUCCGACUCCAAAGCUAUCCUGGCCAUUCAUACGCACAUGGUCGCUCAAAACCCACGGUUGUCUGUCACUCACAAUGGACAUAACACGUGGAAACUGCACGUGACCAACGUCCAACCGAACGAUUCUGGCACGUACAUGUGUCAGGUUAAUACGGAUCCUAUGAGGAGUCAGACUGGUCACAUGACGGUCGUGAUACCGCCCGAUAUCAUGGAUUUGGACGACUCGGCCGACCUCCUAACUGCGAAAGAGAAGAGUGAUCUGCGAUUACGGUGUCGAGCCACCGGAACACCGAAACCGGUGGUCACUUGGCGGCGGGAAGACGGACGAAAUAUUACUCUUCGAACAGAGCACGGUGUUCAACCAGUAAAGUCGUACGAGGGGGAGCAACUACAUCUGAAGGGUAUUCUGCGGCAGGAGAUGGGCUCUUACCUUUGCAUCGCGUCGAACGGCGUCCCGCCAACGGUCAGCAAACGAUAUUACGUGAACGUACGAUUUAAACCGCUGAUUAAAGUCUCGAACCAAUUAGUAGCGGCACCUGCUAACAGCGACGUCGUUCUUCAUUGCUACGUUGAGUCUUGGCCGAAAGCGCUAAAUACAUGGUACAGAGACGACGGUAUGAAAUUAUUAUCGGACGAGAAACAUGAUCUAACGGAGAUUUCGUUGAAUGAUUAUUCGUAUCAGUUGAACCUGACCGUCAGGAGAUUGAGCAGGGACGAUUUCGGCAGCUACACCUGUUCCGCGGAGAAUCUACUUGGCAAGGCUGAGGGAACGAUAAGAUUACAAGAGUUACAUUUAACGAGAACAACUUCGACACCUAUCCGUCACAACACAGACUUCACGGAUAGAUACGGAUCGAAGAAGCAAAUGGACAGAAAGGGGAAGUACCCUGGAUACGGGCGGGAAGGUAGUUCAUUGUCGAAAAAUAUCGGGAAUAUGGGUCACAACGCAACGCCUGUACUGAGGAGAAACAUUUCGAACGCUUUGACGGAUGUUACGAUGAAAAAAUCGAAAGUUUCAUCAUAUCCGGCGCUCGCACCUGCGCCAGCGCAUUCUACGCCGACCCAACUGAGCGUUCAGAAUAGCGUCACGUCGCUGCGACAACACUCGCGAUUAAACUGCGUAGGAUUGAUGUUCACUUUCCUGGUGAUAGUGAUCUGUAGCUCGUAAACGGUCGAUUGUUUCGAAUGUACGAAAGAGUACAAAUCACUUUUCAUCAUAGAGAUUAAACGGAAAUAAGAGGGGGAAAAAGGAAGACGAGGAAGGAGGGGAAAGAAAAAACGAUAUCUCGAGAAAGAAACCCAUCCUAUCCUAGGUAGCCUUCGUUACUUUUUAGGUUAGAUAUCAUGGUUCAGGUUCAUCGACAAUGUUUUUAUAUUUUUUAUCUCCGAACCGAGAGAUCGACGCUUCUAUCGUGUAGUAAAGUGCACGCACAAUCUUCGAGAUUUGUAGGUGUUGUACACGUGCGUGAUCGUGUUAAAUCGUUUGUAUAUCAUUUUUGUGGCGCAAAAAUAACGAACGGUUUUUAUGACAAUAACUAUAGCUGUAUGCGAUCGAUAUUAUAAAUCGUGAUAAAACGAGACCAGUUUUAUCAGUGAUCAAUGAUCGUUUUACCGAUUUAUAAUAUCCCGUUGUCGUUGCCAGAUUACACGUGUAGGAAGCGCGGUUACCGUUUUACCGAAAAAUCGAUGGAUAUUCGUUUUUGAAAGUCCGAUAUUGCCACACUGCCGAACACAAAUAAUUGUACAGUUAUUUUCGAACACGAACGAACGGAAAUGUUAAUUGUUUAUAUACGUAUUUUGUGCGUGUGCGUGUUGGAGGAACCGUUGUUCACCGCUUUCCAGAAAUUCGUUUAGAAGAAUCGGUUGCUCAGGCAUGAAUGUGAUCGAACGAACGGAAUAUGAUCCCAUUUUCGCAUACUCGAUCAUCGAUUCAUCAACGUUCUCAUUAG